CAGGUGUUGGCGUGGCCAUCGGCGACGAGAUGCUCGUGUCCAAAAAUGAUUGCAGCCAUGUGGUUGAUUUCGCAUUUGCAGAGUUGAACAACUCUGUGAUGUUGCAGGAAGGGCUGCGCAGUUUGCGCAUGCACUUGGGAAGACUCUCGCUAAAAGCCGAGCCUGGCACAUACAACCUGUGCUGGUGUCCUAAAUCUGCCGGUUGCAAUUUGAACUCCUUCCGAGCGCCAGCUGGUUCUUUGCAAGUCCAUUGUCCACCAGGUACUUACUUCAUGAGGCGGUCGGUGCGAUGCGCAGAAUGCCAGCAAGGUUAUUAUUGUACCGGUGGCUACAUGGACGAUGCUACGCGAUUGCCUUGCUCAGUUGGUCGAACAACGCAAGCUAAAGGGGCCACAUUGAGCAACCAGUGCGUGUGUGACCUUGGAUAUGGACUUGAAGUGCAGACAUGCACUGAGUGUGUGGAGGGCUUCUACAAAGCCACACGUGGCAACGAUCCGUGUUCUUCCUGCCCAGAGAACUACACAACGAACGCUGCAGGUUCUUUCUCUCCUGACAGUUGCAUUGAAGUCAACAUGGACACUACUUUUGGAGCUAGUGAGACCCAGAAUUCCAGCCGUGAUGGAAGCACAAACAACUCAGUUCCUGCUGUAGCUCUAGGUAUUUCUUUUGAAGUGCUGGAUGGAAGUCCAGUUGAUAAGGAUCAGUUCUCCGAAGUGCUCAGGCAGGUGUUCUCAGGCAUGAAACGAAUAGACACUUCCAGGAUUGCAGUGAGGUUUGCGGCUGCGACUUUGCGUCGCUUGUCAAGCACCAUGACGGUGAUUGUGACUAUGAAUUAUCGAACUGCAGAAGAAGCACAGGAAGCUCUUGACAUGGAUGUCAAUGAAGUGUCAAGUCAAAUUCAGGAAGCUGCGCAGGAAAGCAUGGCAUUGGAGGUCCAACCCACUGUAUCCGAGCCAGAGGUGGAAAGCGUGGAAGUGAGAUGCGAGGGCAAUCGAGCCAUUCCGCCCGGAGUGGUCGCGUUGACAUCCGACGAUUGCAAAUGUGGCCCUGGAUUUGGCCUCAAAGAUGGUGAAUGCCUUGCUUGCCAGCCUGGCGAAUGGAAAAGCACGAUAGAAGAUAACACAUGUCAUGAUUGCGACUCACAAAAGUCGACAACAGCAACUGGCGCAACAUCUCUCGCAGAAUGUAAGUGCAAAGCUGGGUCUUACCAGAGCAAGUCUGAUGAAUCCGUGUGUCUCCCUUGCAAAGAGGGAUACUUUUGUGAUGGCUCUGGCCAACAUUCCAGGUGCCCAGAGAACAUGACGACAGAUCAGACGAAUGCAAAAACUAGUACUGACUGCGUGUGCAACAAGGGCUAUCAAAACCUGCAAGGGUUCUGUUCGCCUUGCCCUUCAGGCCGGUACAAGUCCAACUCAGGCAACGGCAGCUGCUCUUCAGUGUGCCCCAUCAAUGCCGACAGCAGCCCGGGCUCUACGGCAGAGUCUGACUGUCAAUGCCGCAUGGGCUUCCAUAAAAAAACUGAAGUAGGUCAGGAUACCUUCGAAUGCGCCAGCUGCUUUGACUACGUUGGAGUGAUGUGCCCUGGGGGCGAGACCAAUCCUGUUGCAAAACAGGGCUACUUCCAGACUGGACCGACCAUGGCAGUGGAAUGCCGUGUACGCAUGAUGGAUGAGGCUGAAACCUUCAGCGUAUGCCAUGGAAACAACACUUGUGCACUUGGAUCAGCAGGGUGGCUUUGUGGUGAAUGCGAUGCCCAAUUUGCCCGAGAUCAACCACUGCAACAAUGCGAGCCUUGCUGGACACAAAUGUCCCAAGUUGCGCUCAUAUCAAAUGUGCUUCUUCACUUGGUGCAAACUUCUUCCGUCGGUUUUGUGCUCGCAAGUUUAGCUGCAUCAUCUGCAGUGACUGGCGUCGAACCCUUCUCCACGAGCCUUAUCCGCAUUUUCACUCAUUGGGUGGAGGCUUGCUCCGUUGUCGGCGAUUUUGGCCUGGAGAAGCUACCAGCCUUUACUUGGUCGCAGGAGGCGCUCCAAGCAGAUCCUAACGCCACAUCGGGGUCAGAUGGACCAAAGACAUAUUUGUGGCCCCCAGUUCUAACAGAAGCAAUGGACACCCUUUUGUCGGUCGCAAAUAUCAUGCCCAAACUGUCUAUCGAUUUUGCUUUACACUGUUUUGGUGCAGAAGUGCUUCCCAAGCAAAGCAUGUUUGUGGCAGCAGUAUACUACUUCUUGCUACCUUUCUUUGUCAUGGGUUCUACGCUUCUUGUGUGUUUGGCAGCCGUUCUUGUUGUGGUGCCACUUGCGAAGAAGCUUGCAGGGCAUCAAUUCAAUGAGAAUUUCAAUAAGAAGAAACGACUCGUCAAUCAAAUAAAAGAAAUCAAACAACAGAGAGAAAAGCAUGGACAAACGGUGAGUCUGGCAUCGCCUCAAGAGAAGGCAGUCAAUGCGAUUAGACCGAGUUUGUCCGAACCUUAUUAUGAGGCGGCGGACAGUGCAUUCCAAUCGAGUUUGCUAGAGUUCUCCCUUUCAGAUUUGAAGAUGAUCUUGCAGUAUUUGGUAGAGAAGCAGCAAUUACAAAAUGAUCAAGAUGUCGGUAGCAAGAGACCGGCUUCGGUUGGAGCUGGUGACACUAUCUCUCCUGGUGGCAGUUCAGAUGAUCCUGACGAGAAAGAUCUUGAAAAGUAUGAAAAGUAUGAUUUCGGCCUCUUCCCACCGUCUACGACAGCUCGGGAUGUGUGGAGGUACAGCUUUCCAGUGAUGUGGGUUUGUUUGGUUCGCGUAUGGCCAGAGAUACUGUCGAGCUGCUUGAAGCUUAUUUGGUGUAGCCCAGUUCCAGAGUACAACAAGGCAGAGGACGAACCCAUCAUCGUUCAACGACUGAUGAUGCACCCAGACAUCAGGUGUUGGGAGGGAGACCACCUUCCAAGCGCCGCGCUGUCAGCGGCAGGCUUAGUUCUUUGGUGUGCUGGGAUUCCAUGUUCGCUGUAUUGGGUCAUUCAGAACCUCGAGGAUCGCUACAGCAUGGAUAGUUCGCGCAGAUAUGGAAACGUAAUUCAUGGUCUUGAUCCAUCUUUUUGGUGGUGGGACAUCAUUGUUAAGAGAUUUGACACUCUAUUGAUGCUCUUGGUAAACUCUACAUCCAUUGCGGAUGAUGCGAGGGCCAAGCUCCUUCUGUUUCCAAUUCUCUCCGGGAUGCAGCUUGCCCUUAUGGCUUGGUUUAAGCCUUACACGAAAAGCCGGUCAAACAUCCUGAAUUAUUUGGAGUUUGGACUGUUGCUGGUGCGCUUUGUACUCUUUAGCACAAUAGCACUGAUCAUUAUCAUCUAUCCAUCUGCUGCCUUUGCGUGGUUCCUUGGUGGGUCUUUGCUUUUCAUCAUGGCUUGCACACUCAUGCUUUUUGGCAUUCACUUCUUGAAACAGUUUCUCAAAGAAGAGAUCGACAAGAUCGAAGAACAGCCAGAAGAUCCAAAACCGGAUGAGAACAAGCCAAGAGCGAGAUCUUGCCGAGAAAGGGCGAUCAACAUGGCAGGCCGCAGACGUGUUUCAUAA